UAAACCCGGUUGUCAAAGUAUGCACACGAUGGCGAAGCUGGGGAUUUUGGUAGCUGUUGCCGCGUUUCUUGAGGUGGUCUCUGCGACCUCCCUCGGAGUGGUGUACACAGAGGGAGGUAUGGUGCAGGGCGAGAACAUUCGUCUUGGCUUCCGCCAUCACAUGGACAUCUUCAAGGGGAUUCCCUUCGCUGACGUCCCUGGAAGGUUUGAGAAACCAACGCGUCACCCAGGCUGGGACGGUAUUCUGAAGACCACAGAGUACAGGCCGAGAUGCCUUCAGGUGAACCUCAUCAUGACCGAUAGCAGAGGCAGCGAGGACUGUCUUUACCUCAACGUCUGGGUUCCUCACGGCCGCACAGUGUCCAGUAAUUUGCCAACCAUGGUCUGGAUCUACGGGGGAGCCUUCAUCGUUGGAGGCUCGUCUGGUGCUAACUUCCUGGACAACUAUCUGUACAAAGGGCAGGAGAUUGCAGACAGAGGAAAUGUUAUUGUGGUGACACUGGGAUACCGUGUGGGCACUCUGGGCUUCUUGAGCACUGGAGAAUCUGACUUACCUGGAAACUACGGUCUGUGGGACCAGCAGGCCGCCAUCGCCUGGGUGCACAGGAACAUCCGCUCGUUUGGAGGAGACCCUGACAACAUCACUCUCUUUGGAGAAUCUGCAGGUGCAGCUAGUGUCAGCUUCCAGACUAUCACUCCUCACAACAAAGGGAUGAUCAGGAGAGCCAUCUCCCAGAGCGGUACUGCCCUUUGCCCAUGGGCUAUCAACAAGAACCCCCGCAAGUUCGCUGAGAAUAUUGCUCUGAAGGUCAACUGCCCCACCGAUCAUACUAUGGUUGCCUGUUUGAAGAUGACUGACCCUAAGCUCCUUACGAUGGCUGGCUCUCUCAGUAUAGCCAGUUCACCCGAUAGCCCCGUUGUAAGAAACCUGGCCCUGGCUCCUGUGAUCGACGGUGAUUUCCUGCCGGAUGAGCCUUACAACUUGUUCCACAAUGCGGCUGGCAUCGACUACAUCGCUGGAAUCAACGACAUGGACGGACACCUCUUCACUGGUUUAGAUGUUCCUUCAAUCAACGCCCCCCUGUUGAACACCCCCAUCGAGGUUGUGAAGAGGCUCCUGGCUGCGUACACACAGACGGGCAAGGCUGGUUUGGACCACGCCUACUCCACAUACACCUCAACCUGGGGCAGCACCCCCAGCCAGGCGACCAUCAAAAAAACCAUUGUUGAGAUCGGAACAGACUACAUCUUCCUGGUUCCCACUCAGGCUGCCCUCUACCUUCAUGCUGCCAACGCAACAACUGGCCGUACCUACUCCUACAUCUUCUCUCAGCCCAACCGUAUGGGCGGCAUCGGAAGGCCCUACCCCAGCUGGAUGGGAGCCGACCACGCUGAUGACCUGCAGUACAUGUUCGGAAAGCCUUUCACCACACCGCUGGCGUACUGGCCUCGCCACCGUGACGUCUCUGGCUACAUGAUUGCCUAUUGGACCAACUUUGCCAAAACUGGGGACCCCAACAAAGGAGAUCUGAAAGUGCCCACUACCUGGCCGAAAUUCACCAGCACUGGACACCAGUUCCUGGAGAUCAAUUCUAAGAUGAACAAGAGCUAUGUGGGACAGAAGCUGAGAAUGCGUUACGUGCAUUUCUGGGCCAGCGUCCUACCCAACCUGAGCCUUCCCAUAGACAUCUUAGAAUAAAGACAUGUGCACCUGCAUGGACCUACUGUUUAUUGACCUGAAGAAUCAAAUCAGCAUUGAUUCAUGAAAAAAUAAAUUGAUGACAAAUAUAAA